CCCGAGUCUUCCCGGAUGCGAGGUACUCCGCUCUGGCACUCGCCUUGGCCUAUGGUGACCUCGCCGCCGCCUCCGCUACCACCGCCGCCACCGCCGCUGCCUGCGUGUGAGGGAUGGCCGCUCACCUGCAGAGGGAGGAGACCGGACGCCCUAGACGGAAACCAAGACUCCGGCCCUCUCACCACCCGCUACAGGCUCCUCAGGGAAUCGGAGAGACUGAGGGUGGAGUUUCUGAGUCAGCCUCUCGUUGUGAAAAGCGUGAAUACUUGCCACUGUCCUCGUGUGUCCCUCGCAACAAGGAGGUGCGGCGGCGUCAGCGAUCCUCUAUCUUUAUAUACGAGUCACGAGUCCCUGGAAGCUGCCCGACCACUUGGAAACAGUUAUGUCACUGACCCGAAUCGCACUAAGGACAUGAAAAGAGGAGCGCAGGUGCCAGGUGGACAGAUUCAUCAACAGGAAGAAGUGGAGUAUAUUGUUGGUCGCCGUGAGCUUGGCCGUCGUCUCAGGUCAGACAGGACUGCAAUGUUCCCCCAAGAUCUCUGCAAUGUGCCCGCCACCUGGCGUCGGCACUGUACCCGUGUUCUUCGAGGUGCCAGAACACUGCUCUCAGUACUGUGAGUGUUCCAACGGGAUCGCGUGGCUCUUUGAAUGUGCGCGCGGCACCUUGUGGGAUACUUGGAUUGAAGAGUGUAUCGCUGAGUACUUAGUGGACUGCGGCUCGCGCCCUAAACCUUAAUGAGGCGAGGGGCGGCCUGGCACAUGAAAAGAGUAGAAGCAGCAGCAAACCGCCACGCAUUGAAAACUUUUUGAUAUAUAACUGGUAGUACGUCUCUGAGGUCGUCUGUAACUUUGUACUAUAAAUAAACCAGAUUUGUAUUA